AUGGCUGAGAUCCUGAGAGCCACGGGUGUGGACGAGGGAGAUCUGAGAAUUGUAACCGAGCUCUACUGGCAUCAAACGGCCCAAGUGGAAGAGUCAUGGAAAACUUUAGAAUUUUGUGUAAUUCCCCAUAAAGAUGCAAAAGACGUUUAUAUUUUGGGCUCCCUGGAAGAUAUACAAACCGCUCUAGAUGAAAGCAACAUUAAUAUUACAACCAUAGCAAGUUCUAGACAUGUUGGUCCUAUAAAAUCCAGAGUGGAGGAAUGGCAAAGAAAUCUAGAUUUAUUUUUUAGAACAUUGGAUGAAUGGAUGAAUUGCCAGCAAAGUUGGAUAUAUUUAGAAGUUAUUUUUUCGGCACCGGAUAUUCAAAGGCAACUUCCAAAUGAAGCCAAAUUAUUUGUUAUUGUAGAUAAAUCUUGGAAAGAUGUAAUGAGAAGAACCGCAAAAUCGCUAAAUACCACGCCGACAUGCUCCCUGCCCUCAAAUCCAUCUAAGAUGAAUGGAACGAGGUCCGGAAUAGCCAGCACAGUGGCAGUGCUACAUCCCGGAUCUGAAGCUGAACUGUUGGACGUUCAGCAAUAA